AUGGCCGAGUUCGAGGCGCCCAAGCCGAUCGAACACCGCGUCUUCUGCACGUUCGCCGCGUGCACGCAGUGCGAGGGUCCGCUCUUCCACGACAGCUACAUCCGGACCAACAAACCCAACGGCCAAAAGGAGGACUGCGGGACGCUCGUGUACCAGAUUAACCCGUCGCCACACGAGGAUCAGUGGCAAUACGCGUGGAAAGGCGGGGCCAGCAAGGUCCUACGCAAUACCAAGCACGUCUUCAAGGCCUACCUCUUCAUGGUCUACCAGUACGAGCCACAGAAGGUGCUGCGUGUCAUCGGUGUCGCUCAGUCGACGCCCUUCACGCUCUCAUCGUACCGUCGCGCUUUAAGCAGCAGCGACCUUGGGGACCCCAACGACGGCACCACGAUCCAGUAUGACUCGAUUGACGACGGCUACCGUCUUGAGUUCUUAAAAUGUGCGUGCACAAGUGAGACGACAUUCAAGGACACCUACAUUCGUUGCAACAAGACGGAAGGGCGCAAAGAGCUGCGCUGUUUCCCACACUGCUGCCCCGGACACCUCGUGCACUGCAGCUGUGGCGGGAAAAUCUCGUUCGCUCUCGCAGGACCCCAGCUCAACAAAGUGCCCGCGUACUCGUUCGUAGCCUUUGCGCGCGUCGAACGCCUCAACGAGCCGGAGCUCAAAAUGGGAGAUGUCCGGUCGCACGCCAGUCUCACGGCCGAGCACGAGAGUGGCGGAGAGUGGGUCCCUGGCGUCCUCCUUCCGCCGUCCACAUACUACCCCACGUCGCUCGUCUUCAACUUCAACGAUGGCGUCAAGGUCGGCUGGCCGUACCACUGGACCGCCAGCGCGAGCAAGGAAAGCCGCAGCACGCGCCACGUGUGGCGUGGCUAUAUGUUUAUGCGGCUACCGGGCGACGACAGCGCGUUCACUCAAGACUUGCGUGUGAUUGCGUCAGUGCAGUCCCCGGCGUUCACUUUGCUCUCCUACCGGCGCAACAACGAGACGCGAACGUCGCGCACGAACCGCCGCAUCAUUGUCGAAGCGAAAACGGUCGCAGAUGUGACGCCGAUCGACGUAUCGAUGGUUGUACCUGCACUUAUUCCACAAGACCCGUCGCCCAAGUCGAUCGCGCACCCGCCGCUCCAGCGCCGGAGCUCGGCGAUGCAGCUCAUUUUGAACAAUGACGAUGAAAACAUGGUACCGACGCAGGCCGAUGGUGACACAACCAGCCCCGCAACGACACCUGUUGCGUCGGCAAGCAUGCUGCGCCUAAAGAACAUCAUGAGCGACGACAUCAAGAAGCCUAAGCGCCGUCGUGUGGCUGACUGCUAA